AUGCCACCCAAGACGACAACGACAAAAGGCAGCUCCUCCUCCAAGGCAGCCACCUCUCCAUCAUCCGUGCCCCCCGCAGCAGCGACCGUGUCCGACCGCUCCACCCAACGGUACCAUCAGACCAACCCUCUGUCCCAGCAGAUCGAUCAGGUCGGGCUGACGGGACUGACACCCGCGCAGCGCAAGACGCACGCGCACGCCUCGCUGAUCAUCCCCGUCUCGCAGGACAAGGUGCCCCUCUCGAACAAGGCGGAGCGGGAGUUCUGGAAGACGGUGGCGCGAGAGAACCUGCCGAUCCGACGACUCGCCAGGCCCCGGGGGGAAGCGUCGUGGGGAAAGGACCGCAGCGGCCGCGACCUAGGCAGCUACACGGUCGGCGACUUCGAGCAGCGCAGCCUGAAGCAGGCCCGCCUGGUGGCCCUGGACAUCCUCCACCGGCGGUUCCUGGCCUCGACGGCCGGCAGCGGCACCGUCGCUAGCGCCCUCCCGCAGGACAGGAUCGACGAGGAGCGCGAGCGACGCAGGACAAUGGCCCAGCUCACGCGCGAGCUGUACGGCGUGCAGACGGGCUCCCUGGCGCAGGACCCGACGUGGGACGACGUGGUGCCCAUCCCGCAGGACGAGGCCGAGGGCGCGCUAGCCAAGAUCGCCUACCCGGAGGACUACGCCGAGGCGGUGGCGUACCUGCGAUCCGUCAUGGCAGCGGACGAGUGCUCGGCUCGCUGUCUCCGCCUGACGGAGCACGUCAUCUCCAUGAACCCGGCUCACUACACCGUGUGGCUGUACCGCUUCAAAAUCGUCCGUCACCUCGGCCUCGACGUGCCGGGCGAGAUGGACUGGCUCAACGGCGUCGCCCUGGCCAACCUGAAGAAUUACCAGAUCUGGCAUCACCGCCAGCUCCUCAUGGAGCACCACUACCCCACCGUCGCCGGCGAUGCGGACGCCGUCAGGCGCCUCGCCAAGUCCGAGACCAACUUCAUCACCCGCGUCCUCGCCGAGGACACCAAGAAUUACCAUGUCUGGUCCUACAGGCAGUACCUCGUCGGCCGCCUCGGGCUCUUCUCCGCACCCGAGCUCGCAGCUACCCAGUCCAUGAUAGAGGAUGAUGUCCGCAACAACUCAGCCUGGUCCCACCGCUUCUACGUCGUCUUCUCCGACCCCGCCCAUUCCACGCCCGGGUCCGCCGCCGCCGCCCACGACCCGUCCAUACCCGACGCCGUCCUCGACCGCGAACUUGCCUACGCGCGAGAGAAGAUCGCCCUCGCGCCCCAGAACCAGUCCCCCUGGAAUUACCUGCGCGGCGUGCUCGCCAAGGGUGCCAGGUCCCCCGCCGACGAGGUCGAAUUCGCAGAGCAGUUCGUCGUAGCGCUCGGAGACGACGACGGCGCAGAGCACGUCAAGAGCUCCCACGCCCUGGACCUCCUGGCUGACGCGUACGCAAAGAGGGGGGACAAGGACCGUGCAAGACUGUGUCUCCAACGACUGGCAGAUAAGUGGGAUCCCAUCAGGGAGGGCUACUGGAACUAUAGACUCCGAGAGCUGGAAGCUGCUUCUUGA